GCCACGCUUCGUCUUUCUGACACAGUACACUGUUUACAAUACUUACGAUUUCAUCACGAAUCAAAUUGCAUCAAUUUAACUAUUACUUAAUAGUUUUGUUCAUCAAAUACUCUUACUACCGAAUAAUUCUAAGGUUAAUGCAACAAUUAAUUAAGAAGAAACAAUAAUCAAACAAUAAAUAAAAAGUGUUAUACUCUGAAAAAAAAAGAAAAAAAAAGAAAAGAAAAUAUAUAAAAGAUACCAAUCCUAGGGCAAAAGUGAAAAAAUGACUAUAAGAAAGAUCGUAAACCCUUCUGGGCGUGAAUGAUACCGAGAUAUCUAAAAUACAAGCAUCGAUUUUUACGAUGAAAAACGACGGUAGGAUGAACUUAAUCGUCCGUGAUGAUCGACACGAAAAUGCUAUUCUUUUUUUCUUUUUUUUUUCACGCUCUGAUCGUAUUUUCAUUUAUUAAUUCCACUACGUAGAAUUCGAUAUAUUUUCUCUAAUAAAACAUGUAUCUUAUACAUUUGAUACUGUUUUUCUUUUACGAAAAGCAUUUAAUUAAGGUAUUAAAAAUAUUUGUUUUUUAUUAUAAUGAAUUUUUUUAAAGUUAAAUCGUUAAUGAAGAUGAUCAUCGAUUGGCAUAGAUUCAAAUCGAAUCGGGAUCUAUGGAAGUUAAUUGAUGUUAAUGUGAUGUGCCAAGGAAUAGUAUACUCAAACGAUGAUGAUGAUAAUCAUUAGCAUUGGUUUUAUCGAUUUAACCUGAGCAAAAGAAAUUGAGAGAGAGAGGGAGAGAAAGAGAGAAAUAUCGUGAAAGAUAGUCGACAGAUAUUGAGUUACGGGAAGCAGUUUAUAAUGUCACUUAACACCCCUGUCUUGAUACAAGUGGUGGUUACUUCAAGAUCGAGACGAUGCUGUAUGCUGUAUGAGAUCACUAUUAACACCUUCAUUUUAUGUUAUCUAUGGAAUUAUAUCAACUUCCCUCUUAAUCUUCCUAAAUUUUGCAACUUAUGUAUAUUUUUCUGUCUAAGUCUCACACGAACUGAACACGUAGCGAGUGUGUAAUGAAUUUUGUAAGUGUUCAUUUUUUUUUUAAAUCAAACCACGUGUAUUUUGUGAACUAUCAAAAUCUGGAAGUGUUUUCAAAAGUGAUACAAUGGGAACGUAAAAAGAAAAUUGUUCGACAUUUAAAUGUGUUACUUCAACGAUUUAAUAAGUCGAAUUAAAGUUAUUCGAAAUAGUUCGAUUUAUUAGCAAAAAAUAAAUAUCGUCAAGUGAAUAUGCAAGACGUGAACGUAUUGUCGCAUGGGGCGUAAGAAAUUCUUCGCCGAAGAUAAAAAAAAAAAUCUAUAAAGAAAAAGGAACAGUAAAAAAGGAAAAAGGUUAGCGAGUUUUUCACACGAGAAGAUGUUAUCUACGAUGUCGAGCGUAGCUCUUGAAUUAAAUUCGUCAUUUUAUACAACCGUAAUAAGAAAUAGCGCUGUCGAUGGAUUUUCAGUUUCAGUUAUCGAACCUAAGAAUGCAACUUCUACGCUUUACAUGUUACCUAUGUACAUUAGAACAACUUCUAUGGUUAUUUGCAUAAUUGUUAUGGCACUUGGAAUAAUUGGAAAUCUUAUGGUUCCAUUGGUCGUUCUUCGAGGGAAAGAUAUGAGAAACAGCACCAAUAUUUUUCUCGUAAAUUUGAGCGUGGCAGAUUUGUUCGUCCUUUUAAUAUGCACCCCGACUGUAUUAGUGGAAGUGAAUUCUGGACCACAAGUUUGGCCUCUCGGAGAGCACAUGUGUAAAGCUGUUCCAUUUGUGGAAUUGACUGUAGCACAUGCCUCGGUUUUAACAAUUUUGGCCAUUAGUUUUGAACGAUACUACGCGAUUUGUGAGCCGCUUAGGGCAGGAUACGUUUGCACGAAGGCUAGAGCCACAUUUCUUUGCUUUUUAGCCUGGGUAGCAGCAGCCCUUUGCACAAGUCCGAUACUUUUAAUGGUAAACUACGAGUUAGAAGAAGCCGACGAUACAUUUAUCCCAACCUGUUACACUUCAGCCGAUGCAACAUGGAUGAAUGUUUUUGUUCUUACAACGAUAAUCGUCUUUUUCGUGGUUCCAUUAUUAAUUCUAAUGGUCCUGUACACAGUGAUAGCGUUGCAUCUAAUGGCAAAUCCAGCGAUAAGCCGUGGUCCAGCUAAUAAUUUGUUAAAAUAUCGUAAACAGGUAGUACUAAUGUUGGGUACUGUUGUCUUAUGUUUCUUUCUCUGUUUAUUACCUUUUCGAGCAUUAACCUUAUGGAUAAUUGUAGUACCUCAAGAAAUGAUAAUCAAUCUUGGAAUCGAAGGAUAUUACAGCUUAUUAUAUUUCUGUAGAGUAAUGUUAUAUUUGAAUUCCGCUAUUAACCCUAUUUUAUAUAAUUUAAUGUCUACUAAAUUUAGAGAAGGUUUUUUGAGACUUUGUGGAUUAGGUCCUACAAGGAAAAGAAAGAAAAAGACUUCGGAUAGAACUGGAACAUACACAACUGGUUCGACUAAUUGUAGUAGUAGUAAUCAUUCUGAUUUCUGGAGAAGGCAUAGCAGUAAUAAAAGUAGCAACGUUAAAGUAUCUAGUAAUACUUGUACCACUAUGUCCGUGGAAAAACAAAUUAAUGUACCGUUAAUCACUGCUGUUGUCACUGGAAAUAUUGUUAAAAAGAAACAGGAAAGUUAUGUUUAAAAUAAUCCAGAAAUCAUAGUACAAUAGAGCGUCGAUUAUCCGAAUUAAUUGUUAAACAAAUCCGUUUCAAAUAAUCGAUCUGAAAUAAUCAAAUUCCUAAUUGUGUCAUAAACCAAUUAAAAAUUAAGCAAUUUUUUAAUCUGAAUGGCUUAUCAGUAAACAAAUACGUACCUAAUAAUAAUGCGUCCAGUAAGUUUAUUCAAAGACGAAUUAUAUCUCGAAUUUGAUAAGAGUAGAAAAGUACUAUUUUAAAGAAAAAAUUUAAUUGAAUGAUAAUUUUCAUAAAUUAAGGUGACCAUUUUUUUCAACUUUAAAAUCAGAAUAUUUUUUUUACUUUUUUUACAAGCGCUCAAAUUGUCAUACCAUUCUAAUUUUUUCUUAAUAAUUUUGUUUCUAUCGCUUACCAAAUUCAAGACAUGAUUUUGAUCUCAAUUAUCUGAUAUACCCGGUAUAAUAAUUCCAUAUGAACUCAGUAUAAUAUUGCGUUGAGAGGACUAACAAUGAGUAUGAGAAGUCUUAAUAAAUGUUUAAACGUCAAAUAAUUAUUUCUUUUAUAUGUUCUAUUUUUUAUUUUGUUUAUCAAUACAUUAUAAAUAAUUGUAUAAUUGUUAUUAAAAGACUUCUGUGUUAACUUUUAAUAUCAUUCCAAUUGCAAUGAAACCACUACA